UGAUGGUUGCAAGAUGGCGGCGCUGAAGGAGGAUCGGAGCUACGGGCUGUCGUGUGGGCGCGUGAGCGACGGCAGCAAGGUGUCGGUGUUCCACGUGAAGCUCACCGACAGUGCCCUGAAGGCUUUCGAGAGCUACCGGGACCACCAGGAUUCUGUGUCACUGAAACCAUCCAUCCGAUUUGAAGGAAGCCAAGGACACAUCUCUAUACCCCAGCCUGACUGCCCCGAGGAGUUGCGGGCUUUCUCCUUCUACCUCUCCAACAUUGGCCGUGACAGCCCUCAGGGCAGUUUCGACUGUAUCCAGCAAUAUGUAUCCAGCCAUGGGGAUGUACACCUGGACUGCCUGGGCAGCAUCCAGGACAAGGUCACAGUGUGCGCCACUGAUGACUCCUACCAGAAGGCACGGCAGAGCAUGGCGCAGGCAGAGGAGGAGACUCGGAGCCGCAGUGCCAUUGUCAUUAAGGCUGGAGGCCGCUACAUGGGCAAGAAAGUUCAAUUCCGGAAGCCCGCACCAGGGGCGGCCGAUGCAGUGCCCUUCCGGAAGCGGGCCACCCCCAUCAACCCGGCAAGCGCCAUCAGAAAGAGUGGUGGGAGCGGAGCCAGUAGUGUGGUGCAGCGGCCCUUCAGAGACCGGGUGCUGCACCUCCUGGCCCUAAGGCCCUACCGGAAGGCUGAGCUGCUACUACGGCUGCAGAAGGAUGGGCUGACACAGGCAGACAAGGACACCCUGGACAGCCUGCUGCAGCAGGUGGCGAGUGUGAACCCCAAGGACGGCACGUGCACACUGCAGGACUGCAUGUACAAAGAUGUGCAGAAGGACUGGCCCGGCUACUCUGAGGGUGACCAACAGCUGCUGAAGCGUGUGCUCGUGCGGAAGCUGUGCCAGCCGCAGAGUGCCACCACAGACUCCAGCCCACCCCGAGAACAUGGGCGCUCGGCCUCACCCUCUCAGAAACGGUCACAGCAUGCAGACUUCAUCGACCCCCUGGCCAGCAAGAAGCCCCGGAUCUCACACUUUACCCAGCGAGCACAGCCCACCCUCAAUGGCAAGCUGGGCACCCCCAAUGGCCACGAGACCCUCCUGCCCACACCAGGGCCCACUCCCACAGAAAUCCUCGCUCCUAGCCAUCUGCCCCCACGGCUGGAGCCCGAGAGGACCCAUGACCCCCUGGCCGAUGUCAGCAAUGACCUAGGCCACAGUACCCAGGACUACAAGCACCAGGAGGCCGCCCCAGCCCCAGGCCCACACCUUGGUCAGCCCCUGCUGACGGACUUUUCCCACUCUGAGCGACCGGCUGGCUCCUCCCACACACAUAGCCGGCCCAAGAGGAAGUCCAAGAAGCACAAAGACAAGGAGCGGCCCCCUGAGCUCAAGCCCCCCGCCCCGCAGCCUGAUGCACCCACCGCCCCUGUGCUGCCCCCAGAAGCCCCAGGUGUGAAUGGAGCCUGUGCCAGUGUCCCCACAUCCUCUUCAGAGACCCCGGACUACUUGGUGAAAUACCCAGCCAUCUCGUCCUCAGAGCAGCGUCAGAGCUACAAGAACGACUUCAACGCUGAAUACAGCGAGUACCGCAGCCUGCACGCGCGCAUCGAGCAGAUCACACGCAGGUUCACACAACUUGACGCACAGCUCCGGCAGCUGAGCCAGGGCUCCGAGGAGUACGAGACAACGCGUGGGCAGAUUCUUCAGGAAUACCGGAAAAUCAAAAAGACCAACACCAACUACAGCCAGGAGAAGCGGCGCUGUGAGUACCUGCACCGAAAGCUGGCGCACAUCAAGCGGCUCAUCGCAGAGUAUGACCAGCGGCAGCUGCAGGCCUGGCCCUAGCGCCAGUGGGCAGUCCUGGUGGCUCCACUUGCCUUUUCUAGUUUUCUAUGAACUCGGCCCUUUAGCUGCCGCAGAGACCGUCUAUUUUUGUACCUUUUCUACUCCGUGCCUCCUCCAAAGCCCACGCCUCCAGUGUUAGAGGCUCCAGGGAGAGUCAGCAGCGAGUACUGGGCUUGCUGCCUUCGGAUCCUCAGCUGGCAAGGUGACUGCCGCUUCCUGACUGUGCCCAAAGCCCUCAGCAGUGGCUUCAGCAGCAUGUGGUCUUCAGCCCCCUACACACACCUGUUGUUCAUGUCACACUGAGGCUGUGUGGUCCUGUAUUGCUGGCCUUGUUCUGUCCCUCCAUCCAUUUGUGGGUUCUGGGGUCCACCCUGUUGGGUUCCCACUUUGGGGACCCCUGAGGGUGACACCUUGCUUGCCUUGUCCAGGGCGCAGGCCUGUGGCCCCCCAAUUGCUGCUUUCUUACUGUGCCUCAUCUCCUCAUACCCCAGAUCCUAGGGGCCAUUGGUGUGUGCUUGUCUGGGUCCAUGUCUGUGUGUGAGUGUGAGUGGUGUCAGUUGUUUGAGUUGUGCACAUUCAGAGGGAAGCCAUUCUGGGAAAGUGGUGGGGGCCACAGAGUCACUGCUGCCCAUAGCUGCAGGGCCAGGAGAGAAAGGCAAACACAGAUGUGUACUUUUUAAACCGUGAGGUGUCUCCGGAUGGCUUUCAGAGAGCCGACUUCCUAGAGGCCCCUGCCUGGUCGGGUCCCACCAUACCCAGCUCUUAGCUUUCCUUGGGGAUCCCUGGAGUCCCCAGGCCCUCGAGGAAACCAACCCUUUGUGUUUCACUAGCUGUUGGUUCCUAUAUGGGUCAGGGCCAGAUCCUGCAGUGUGCAGGCUCUGGGGGGAGGGGUUCCCAGGGCGCCCCUCUCAUCCUGAGUGCUCCGUCCAGGGCUAUCUGUUGAAUUAGUCUGUUUGGUUGUCUUGUCUGAGAUUUGUGAUGGAAAGGAAGGGCUACGCUCUGGGCUUGGGGUCCUGGUAGGCUAAGCAUGGUCUAACUUAUUGGUCGUCUCCCCGGGCCUCUGAACUGUACUAUGGAGAAAGUCUCCUUUGAGCCAUGGACUUGGUGUUUACAGUCUUCACUUUUGCCAAAACGUUACAAUUGACAGGAGAGGUGGUGCCGAAAGAGCCUUACUGUGUCCUCUACAGUGAGCAGAGCCGCCGGCUUUUAAAGUUUAUAAUAAACCUGAUGGACUCGAA